CCUGCUGCGGAAGUGACGCGCUCCGGGCGCGCCCCGGCAGCGCCGCCGACGGUUCCUGCGGCGGGGCGAGAUGGCGGCGCCCGGAGCCCCGGUGUCCGUCACCGUCACUUACAGCAAUGAAAAGCACAGUAUUCAGGUUGCUUCCCAACGAGAAGGUGGUGAACCUACACUACAAGACAUGGCUGUACUUAUUGAACAAGUCACUGGGGUUCCAGUUCCUUUUCAGAAACUGAUAUACAAAGGAAAGUCUCUGAAAGAAUUGGAACAACCAUUAUCAGCACUUGGUGUUAAAAAUGGUUGCAAAGUCAUGUUGAUUGGGAAAAGGAAUAGUCCAGAAGAAGAGGCUGAAUUAAAGAAGUUAAAAGAUUUGGAGAAGUCAGUGGAGCAAAUAGCUAAUAAGUUAGAGGAAGUUAAUAAAGAGUUCACAAGUAUCCAGAAGGGAUUUUUAGCAAAGGAUCUCCAAGCAGAAGCACUAAAACAGCUGGACAAGAGGAUAAAAGGAACUGCAGAGCAGUUCAUGAAGACCCUUGAACAGAUUGAUGCCAUUAAUCUGCCAGAGAAUUUCAGUGACUGCAAACUGAAAAAGAAGGGGUUAGUGAAGAGGGUCCAGGUUUUUCUUGCCCAGUGUGAUACCAUUGAAGGGAACAUUGGCCAAGAAAUGGACAAGCUGCAGUCAAAGAAUUUGGCACUGGCAGAAUGAGGCGCCGCCUUACAUAAUUAGGAAACAUAAUUGCUCUAUGAGCAAGAAGAAAAGUUUGCUCUUUGUUUUGGAGCACAUAUCCAGCUUCCUUUUUUUUUUUUUCCUCAAAGCCCAGUCUGUUAGACUGGCACCAGUCAAUCAUUUCUUGCUGGUUGUCGUUUGCCGCUUGGUUAGAACUAUUAUUUUGAAAAGAAAUCCUUCCUGAAGAAUGGCUGAGCUAAUCUUUGUGAAUUGUGUAUCUUAUGGACAAUAAGAUAGUUUAGUUAACUAAGUUAUGAAGUUUUCAGUGGUGGGCAGUUUUGUCUGAUAUAUCUUUGAAUUUAUUUACAGCUCAAAUCAAAGAAGGUCUAUAAUCGAACAAGUGCCAUAAGUUGCAGUUGUAGGACUACAGCUAGAUUGAAAAAGGCAAACUGAGACAACAUCUGGGAAAGCUGAACAUUCUAGUAGACAGUUCAGAGCAAUAAAAAACCCCUACACAUUUGUAUCUACUUAAUGUUUGUAUGCAUUUAUAAAUAUAAGAAAGCUUGACUAUAAGGGAGUCGUACCUAUUUUAGCCUUAAAUUGUCAUAAUAAAUGGAAUGUACUGUAACAUGUAUGGUACUUAAUUUUGAGUGGUGCUUUAAGUUGUUACUGAGCUCCUUGAUACAGAUGUAUGUUUUUUACACA